CGCAGCGCGAACAGCCAGCCCUGCCCUGCCCUCGAAUCGCGCUCGCUCUCCUUGAAUGAGAGAAGCUGUGUGACGCGUUCGACACGUGACGAAAAUUACCGCAUCGAACGCCACGCGGCCCGGAUCUCUUCCAAGCAUAUUAAAUUUUGCAUUUUGGAGAUUGAUGCAUCGCGUGUCCUACGUACAGCGAAUAUUUUCAUUCUCAACGGUGCCAAAGCGCAAACAGGAUAUAUACUGGAGCGAUCAAGAGACUGGCUUAAGGUUUGCGGCUAUAACCUGUUAAAUAGACUCGCAGAAACCACGGCGUCGUUUCUCUGCCUCACCAACAUACUAGGUAUGAAAGGUGAAAUCAUUAGUUGUCCGCACAAGGAUAUUUACUUCCUGGAAACGAACACAAAAUCCGAGAGCACAGACUUGGCGAACAUGUUUGCGUCACCCUCGUCUGCGACAGGCCGAGGGCACAUGAUAAAAUGCAAACCGCGCACCAAGUUAAAGCAGAAAUACAAUCCGGCGCUAGAUUUUUUCGUCCAGAACAAAGCGACAACGAAGUCUGCCGGCGGCCAUGCCGCCAAGGAGGACGUCGGCAAGUGUAGCUCCAGCGGCAAUCAAUCGGAGCAGAUGACAACGGCGGGUGGAAGCGGCAGCCGACGGAACAGCAUAGAUCUCUACGAGGAGGCGGCAACGAUACUCGGCUUAACGUGUUCACAGACUGACGACUGCAAGUGCAUCGAGUGCCAAUGUCACUACUUUGAUUUCGAAGACGACCUGGAUUUCACGCCGCUGACGUCGUCCGCGUUGGGGACUACCAGUGGCGGCAGCGGGGAAUAUUACGUCGAUCACAAUUCCUCCUGCGCCAUUCAAUAACGAAAUCGGCGUCAAACAUCGCCAAAGUAUAACGAAGAAGGCUGAACACACGAAAAUUGUACCACCCGCAUACACACGCAUACACUCACGCAUAAACACACACAUACAUACAUACCCACACAUAGGCGUAAACUCGUGUGCGCAAUUUAUUACUGGUGUCUUUGUACGUAUUCUGUUGUACAUUUUGGUUUGUUUUUCUUAAAGAUUCGCAGUACAUGGUAGGAUGAAGAUGAUAAAAUCUAUUCGGGAGAAAAAACGGAGCGAACGGAAUGUGAAUGAAUUAGUGUGCAUCGAAGAACAAAUGUAGAAAAAAGCCAAACAAUGCCAAAGUCAUGCGGAAAAAAGUAUUCUCAAAAGAUUCGCCACGGAUCAUAUUUUGAUAGUAGCAUCUCAAUAAUGAGAAAAGAAUAUUUAUUUAACAUCACUCUGGAAAAUGAACAUCAGAAUGAAUAUAUUACAAAUUAAACUAAAAAAAACUCAAUGGCUUUUAUGUGUCGUUAUAAAAAUGCAUAAAUAUGAAAUUAUUCGAACAAAUGAAUAUUAACGUUAUUCAUAUGUACUUAACAUUUUAAAGUAAACGAGCACGAAAAGACUUUUAAUGCAAAGCAAGUAUUAUCGAAAAAAGCAACACGUAUAUGAAAUUUUUUAAACUUAAAAUUUUCGUAUUUGUAUCGUAAAAUUCGUGAACGCGAUUUGCAGAGGAUAAAGCAUUAUUUCUAAAGAAAUUGUAAAAAAGAGAGUAUGCAAGAUAUAUAACGUAAAGAAAAAUAUUCGUACAAAAUAACUUGUAUAAAGCAUUUAUUAUCGUAAAUUUACACAGUUUCAUUAACAACUCUAUUGCCACGUAACAGAAAAUCAAUGUAUAUAUUUCACUCAAUAAUAUCAGUUUGACAUUUUAACGGACUAAAUAAUCGUGAAAAUUAUUAAUUAAUUAUUCAUUUGUUCAGUUGCGAAUGAUAAAUGAUGAAAAUUGGAUAUAUAAAUAACAUGCGGGCAUAUUUAUUUAAAAAUAAACUGAGAAAAGUAUUAUCUACAUUGUUUAUUAUCUAAAACUUAUAUUGUACAUGUAAUAAAAAUAUUCUAAAUUUUUAAUGAAA